UCCACAUUAAACGAUCAUUUUAAGGGCGUACCAAUCAAACUGCAAAUUUAUACAAAUUGAUACUAAACGGGUUAUAUUAAUUUUAUAACAAAAAUUAAGUGUGUAAAUAAGUUGAGCGGUGUCGUAAUUAAAACUAAUUGGGUAUAAUAUAGCGCUAAUUAUUUUGUAUUAAGCCGCGUUUUCACUGAUAUUUUGUCCUUUUGUGCUCGCGAGUGUGAUCUGAUAUUUUUUAUCUGGUGCUUUAAAAAAAGUUAAAAUGUCCCUUGGUCCUUCGAAGCCGGAGAGAGAACAGUAAAGCUAAAAACUAGUGAUAUUUUAUUGUGUUUUUGACGUGAACUGUGAACUGUGCCGGGAGUCUUGAGUUUGGUGAGGAAGUGUUAAGAAGAUGUCGGAAUAGGGGGUGGCCAAGGUUGGCCUUUUGAGGCCAUGCUUAAUAAUCUCACGGCGACAGCCUUAGGUGCAGGUCACAAAGAGCAGUGCUCUGAGAGCAAGCUCGAUCUAAAGCCGAGCGUGGAGCGCCAUCAUGCGCCGGGCGCGCGACUCCUCGCGCAUUCCAUCAGAGCCGACCACUUGCAAGGCGGCAUUCACCAGCAGCACAGCUCGCACAUGUCCACGGUGCCGGUCAGCAUGUCUUCCUCCGCGUCCGACAGCGACAAGCCAGCCAAGCAGAAGAGGCACAGAACCAGGUUCACUCCGGCACAAUUGAAUGAACUGGAGCGAUGUUUCACGAAGACACACUACCCGGACAUAUUUAUGAGAGAGGAGAUUGCGAUGCGAAUCGGACUUACGGAGAGCAGGGUGCAGGUAUGGUUCCAAAAUCGUCGGGCUAAGUGGAAGAAACGCAAGAAGAGCACCAACGUGUUCAGAUCUCCCGGAGCUCUCCUUCCAUCGCAUGGUCUCCCGCCCUUCGGCGCCGGAGACGUGUGUAGUCCAGGCGUUUUCGCUGACAGGCCUUGGUCCAUGCCUGCAGGUCUCGGCCAGCUGUCUCAGGGCGGUGUAUCGAUGGGCGGGUUCGGCGCGGGCGCGCUGCCGCAGCUCGCCGCGGACCUCAACCCUUCACUACCGAUCAGUUCCGUCGGCUCGCAGCCGUAUCAGUCUCACUACCCGCUUAACUCGCUCGGCGACACAAUGAUGUCCUACUGCAACAACAUCAGCGGACAGCAGUCCGGACUGGAGGGCUCGCCCACGCCGCCGCACAUGUCGCACUGCGCCAACAACAACGCCUCGCCGACGACCUCGGGCGGAGGCGGCGAGACCGGCGAGGAGGAGGUGUGGCGCGGUCACAGUAUCGCAGCGCUGCGUCGCCGCGCCUCGGAGCUGUCCGCGGCCAUCCCUCCCUAUCUGCAGCUCAACUACGACGCGCACAGCCCCGUCUACUGACCGCCUGCCAGGCAACCGCAUCCCGCCUACCAUCCGUAGUGCACGCAUGCACGUACGAUACUAACGAUACCUUUAGCUACAGCCAACCAUCUGACCACCGAGGGCGCCGUGUGUAGCGCUUAUCAUUCUAUAAUUCCAAUUCGUAUUAGACAACAGACUCUAUACCUAGAUAUGCGAGCAUUUAAAAUGCCGCAACCAAUUGUAAAUUGAUAGCCUUCGGUUUGUUUUGCUGUCUUUUUAAAUACACACGUGUAUACGAUAACAUUAUGUGUAUAUGAUUUGAAAUGAAAUUGUGAUGGCAAAAAUGUAUCUCACUAUGUUCUUUGAAAUUAAACAAUUACUGCAACAAUCGAAACAACAGCCAAGCGCCCUAUUUCCACACAACAAGCGUGACUUGUCUUUGUAAAAAAUAAAUUUACAUACAAAAUAUUGAAUAUACAGUAUACUAUAGGAACUAAUUGUCUUCGGAAGAAAUCAAAAGUCAGGUUCUUAAAAUAACAAAGGUCGUAACUUCCGCGAUGACGUUUAUCUAAU